AAAUAUGCACUCCCUGAGAUGGUCCUGGUCCGGGGCCCUCUGUUGUACCGUCUCACUCUGUGGGCUGUGGUGACAGCAGCCUACAGUGGGAACGUAACCGAGAGAUGCAUGCAGGACACCAAGGCUUUUCUCUGGGAGCUUCAUCAGGACAGCCCAAGUCCAUAUGCUGCUUUAAUGUACGAUGCCUUUGGGAAGAUAGGCAGCGAUGUGAAGGGCGGCAACACUAACAGACCGGGGUCUCUCCAGGAGUGUCUCUCUGUCCAAGGCCCCUCCUUUUCAGGACAAUAUUGCCAGGUGUUCCUCAAGCAGGACCCAGUCCAGUAUUUUGUAGGCAUCUGUGUUCCCGACUCCUGUGAUGAGGACGAGGUGCAGACCAUGGUUGUUUACGAAAUGUUCCAGAAAGGUCACACGUCCCUCAUCCCUCCGUUUCCGUCCAUCCUGGUGGCCCAGUCCACUCAGGGCAUCUUCAUGACUCAUUGUCUAAGCAACACGGCCACCCCGGACCUGUCUGCUGUUACCUGCCUGUUUGUUUGUUGUGCCAUGGUGGCUGUUCCCCUUGCCGCAACUGUACUCAUAGCCAUCAUCAAGUGGCAGCUGAAAAGAGAAGUCAGUCCAGGAGUGGAGUCUUCUUCUCUGAGCACCAACCCUAACAUGUAUGGGACCCUCAUGCACAAUGGCUCCCCUAGUGUUGAUAUAAACCAAUGCACUCUCCAACAGCUAAACCAGGUCAGCGAGACAGACGACAACCAUAGAGAGGACUCUGAAGAGAACAGCUGGGUCUACUCGUGCCUGCAGGCCUUCUCCAUCCAGAGGAGCAGCCAGGGGGUCCUGAGCUGGACGGGCACCAGGGCAAGCUACUCCUCCCUCAACGGAGUCCGUAUCUUGAGCCUGCUCUGGAUCAUCUGUGGGCACACCAUCCAGCUCAGCGCCUGGAACAACCUGGAUAAUGACAAGAGGUGGAAGGAGACAGUGGACAGGAAUCCACUGUAUGUAUUUGCUUUCAGUGGGCCUGUGUAUCUGGCAGUAGACACCUUUCUGCUUUUGGGAGGUCUCCUGAGUGCUAAGUCUCUACUGGGUUCCAUACAAAAAUCUGAUGACAAGUUGAGCAUCUGUCUGGUGGUCAGCUAUCUCUUCAAGAGAUUCAAAAGAGUCCAGCCCCUGCACCUGUUCAUCAUCUGCUUGGCCAUCGGAUUCUUCUCUGUGGUCCAUAGGGGAACCUUCUGGUUCAUCGCUGAGGAUGAAAUCCUCAACUGCAAGAAGUACUGGUGGUCCAAUCUGCUGCUGGUCAACAACCUCUUGACCAUCACUGACAUUUGUGCACCUUGGACCUGGUAUCUGUCCCUAGACUUCCAGUUCUACGCCACCACACCUCUGCUUGUAUACCUCUACAGGCUGAACAAAGGUUUGCUGGUUGCCAUUGCAGCAGUCCUACUGGUUUUGUCCAGUGUCACCAGUGCUGUUCUUACUGCUUUCCUGCACCUCCCAGUUCACCAACCAACGACUCUUGCUUAUAAAAGCUACUUUCAAUAUUACUACAAUAAACCAUACACCAGAUAUGGGCCCUACCUAAUAGGAAUCCUAUCAGGGAUAUUCAUGACCACCAAAAAGAAUAACCUUAUAAGACUCCAGUGGCAAGCAGCGCUGGGUUGGUUCACCUCCCUGUCAGUCAUGGCUGUGCUGGUGGGAUUGGCCUAUGUUCUCCGAGAGGUCCCUGCCCAGGCCUCUGCCCCCCAUGCUCUCUAUCAGGGUCUCCAUCGCCCCCUGUGGGCCUUGACUGUGGCCUGGAUAGUACUAGCCUGUGAGGAGGGCUAUGGAGGGUUCGUUGACAGGCUCCUGUCCCUCAGCCUGUGGGUUCCUCUGUCCAACAUCAGCUUUGCCUGUUAUCUCAUCCACCCCAUUCUUAUCAUCAUCUACAAUGGCAAACAGGAAACACCAAUUCACUACACCGACAUCAAUUUUUUCUAUCUGUUUAUAGGCCACACAGCGCUCACACUGGUGGUGGGCUAUGUUCUAACAGUCCUGGUGGAGAAGCCAUACCUGUUCCUGAAGGGGAAGAACACUAAGUACCAAAACUAAGUCAUUGGACAUUGGACCAGUCAAAAUACAGCGUCAGCCUAGUUCAUCUCCAACCCUAUAGGAUCUAUUCCCUAUCCACUAGAACCAGUACAUAGACAACCCCAACAACUGACCUCCUACUCUGUCAGGUUUAAGAGGACUGGAAAUGUACAUGUACAAGCAAGAUGGUGCUGCUAAAGCUAAAUGUGUCUCACUUACUGGGAGAAGCCGGACAUUAGAACUGACAUGUGGACCAAGUAUGGACAAAUGUGGACAUGGAAGGAGUGUGCCAAUUUAGUUCACAUAAAUAUACUUAAUGUUAAUGUCUAGUCAGUGUUUUGAUUCUGUGAAAUUUGUGAAACCUCAAACCUUAAGGCCUAAGUGUUUAUUGAACGUGGUCUAGAAUGUACCGUAGUACUGGAACAUUCCAAUAAUAGAAGCAAAACCCAGACUCUGUCUGGCAAGCAGGGGGACGGUCUCUGCUUUACGCAAACGGUGACCUUUACCUCUCCAACUGCCUGCCAGCCUGCCACCACAUGUACACGGGAGCAUAGUAACCCAACCAUCACACACAGUGAAGAACACACACA